CGGGGUGGCAGGUUGGGGCCGCGGCGCUGCUGAAGGGCACGGCGGGGCGGUGGCACCUCCCGGCACCGCCCCGCCCCGCCGGGAGCACCAGCGCCGCCGGCAGCCCGCGGUCGCCCCGGCGGUGCAGCGGGGAGGGCGCUCGGCGGAGCGGAGUGGAGCGGCGAACAGCAAGGAAUCUGGAGGACUCGGUGUUGGUGGGACGAGGGCCUGAUCGUGCAGGUGCCUCUGGAGGAAGGAGCAGCCCUCUCCAGCCUGACCUGCCGCAGGAGUUCCUGCUCGAUGGACGGAGACGUGGUGGUGGGAUCGCAUUUACAACAUGCUCUUUGCACUUAAAGCACCCCCGCUGCACUGAGUCCCAGUCGUGAAGCUGUCCGUGCUGUACCAGGGACAAGUGGGACAGCUUGCUAAAAGCAGACACGUUCUUGGUCUUAUGGAUGGAAACGUUUAAAUGGUAGCAGGAACUUACUUGCCCGUGACAACUAGAGAUGUUGUGUAACAGCAAAACCCUUAUGCCUGUUUUCAUCAUGUGAAGAUGUAUUCCAGAGAGGCAGCGGUUAGAAAUGAACUUACCUUGGCAGGAAACGCUUAGCAAGGCUGGCAAAGAGACUGCUUAGCCCUCUCAUGCAAGAUUUCUUCAGAAGAAGCACAAAAGGAGACAUUCUGUUCUUUGAAAAUAACUGGAUCCACUGGCAAGAAGCAGCCACACUGUGCAUCAAACGAGAAAACCAUUUCCAGGUUAUCAAAACAUGCUGUUGACCUGAAUUUUGCAGCUGCAUUUUCAAAUGUACCAUGGGAUGCAUCAAAUCCAAGGAUGCCUUUCCAGGUUCCAGUGCUAUCCAGGAUGAAAGGAUCGGGGAAGGUAAUGAAGGAUGCACUGGGGAGAAAUCAUCACUGAUAGCAGUGAAGGUGGAUGAGAAAAGUCCAUCGAGCACUAUAGUGCUAGACUACGCGCACCGUCUCUCCCGUGAGAUUCUUGAUCAGGCAGUGAAACAGUGGGCAGUGACUGAGAGCAAAUACAGCGACAUCCCUUUUAUUGAGAGCGAUGUGCCCUGAGCAAGGACUGUCCUCACAGCGAGUGUCCUGUCCAUUCCGCACUUUGUAUUUGGUACUCGUGCAAAUAAAGUAAAAUCAGCUGUGAUUUGAGCAUAAUGCCGCUAUAUGAACACGUUUGCGAGGAGAGGCUGAAAAAAAAUUGUCUUUUAAUCUAUAUUGCUAAGAAACUAAUUGGAUUACAGUAGAAUCUAUUAAUCAAGUGUCAUUUGUUAGCAGCCGUAUGUCGAGUAUAUUCUGUCUGUGUAUGUGUUGAAUGUGAUCGGAAAUUGUUAAAGAAGAUGAAAAGAAUGUGGCUGCCCUGCAACUGUACAAGCACUGCCACAGAGGCCCCAAAGAACAAAGCGUGGAUUAUUUUUAUGUACUGCAUAAAAAAUCAGUGGCCUGUUUGUAGGUGAAAAGAGAAGAACUCUCUAUGCUUGGUCAAUUUGUUGGUGUUUUGCUAAAGUGAAGCCAAGGUCUACGUGUAGCAAAGAUAACCGCGGUCAUAAAUUUUACUUUGCUUCUUUGACCUGACUAAAUCUGUAAACCACAAAAUAACGAAGGCAAUGAGAAGCAUUUUAUAAACCCAAGUAGUAUUCAGGGAACCAUAUGGAUUAUGAUACUAUUCAACUUCCACACUUACGCGAACCAGUGAGAAACAUUACAAUAUUGAUAAAGAGUGCAUUAUAAUUAACAGAUGCUCUGGCUUCUGUAAAUGCAUGAAGGCUAUUCUCUAAAAUCCUGCGGUAAGAUAGUUUAAUUACAUCUGAUCACCGUGUUCAGACCAAAGCUGUUAGGUUUUUUGUUCAGUUUGGGGUUUUUUGUUGUGUUAGGGUGCUGGUUUUGGGGGGGUUGUUUUGGUUUUUUACUGUAACCCAGGUAGGUGUGCAAAAACUACUGAUGCUAACCAGUGAAAUGAACCUUCAAAGGUGCAACUAUGUUUUAGGACUAUUUGUUUCAUGGGAACUAUGGCUGCGUUCCACUAAAAUUUCACUCUAAAGUUAACGCCCUUGGGACAGUAUGCCUUCCUUCAGCUUCUGGAGGCUCAUCGCCUAACCGCUGGUAAAACUGUGUGCAGCGAUGCAAGUACGAGCUACAGAAACCUGAAGCUUGAGCCGUGCGCUGAAUCAGUGAGUGAGCCUUAGGCACGAAGCUGAAGGGCUGCGUUCUUUACCGAUUUCAUCGAGGUUGCAGCCGCACGCUGCACCCUGCCUCUCCAGGACCUGCAGCCUGACCUACUGUACUCGGAACUAGCGCUUGAGAUAGCAAGAAAGGGAUGAAUUAUUCAUACUCAUCUUAAAGCUACAGUUUUGCUGACAUUUUAUACAAAGUGAAUGCCUUGUAGAAGCUUGGGAUUUUAGCACCUGUUAGUUCCUUAUUCGGUAAUGGCCAGUUUAAAAGACAUAGAGUUUUUCCUAAAUCAAAGUGCUUCCCAUUUUAUGUUUUCAUUUUAUAGAAAAAUGCUUUCCAUACUGGCAAAAACUGUUACUAUUUUUAAAAGAUACACAUAGUUCUAGUGAACGACAGAAAGCAUGAUUUUUCAAGCAGUGGUAAGCACGCAGAAAGAGGACCCUGUCAGUUGUUAUUUUUAGCUUAUUCUCAGACGUAUGAAACGCAGUCUGUGAAUUGAGCCGUUUUGCAAACUUUGCGACGGGAACUUAGCUAUUUGAAAUUCACCUGUGUGGGGAAGUGGUGGUGUCAAGAGUAAAGGUAAAAAAUGCUUUUUUUGUAACACAGCGCAAGACUGCCGUUAAUUCAUGCUGACCAGGCUAGACCCGGCUACUUACGGCUGUUCUCAGGCUUUUGCUGAAAAAGGGAACAAAAUCUGCUUAUGUUGUAAUGUCGUCGUCUUUGAAGUAAUGUGGUCGUCUUUGAAGCCAUAUGUAAAAUGGAACUAAGGUAUUAUGGCCCAUUUAAAUUCUACUGCUAACAGUGAUGUUCCUUGAAGCUCUAAAGUAGGUAAAACAUUAGCUCAUACCCUAUAUUUGCUCUAUUUAAAAACCUCCGUGCCAUAUACUAGGGUGAGUUGAAAAGCAAACCCAAAACACUGAUCAGAUCAGUACAUAUUAAAUGGAUAUUGCUUAAUCACAGUAUUGAAAAAUAUUCCUACUCUUAUAUAGCUAAAACAAAGCUUUAUUUAAAAAAAAAAAAAAAGGCCAACCUCUCUGUAAAAGCCAACCAUUCUUUCAGGAAUGUUAACAGUGCCAAAGAUGGUAAUUAAAAAAAAAAAAGGCCCCAACUCUGUAGACAUUAUUGGCCAGAUAGGCGCGUAUAGGCAGUAUAGGUAAAGAGGUGACAGAAAACUGCACUGGCUGUGAGAGAGCACUUGGGGCUAUCUGCCUACGCUGGGUGGCUGCACGGGGAGUCAGGUGCUGCAGUGCCUGCUGUUGCAAUGGCUCAGAUCCUCCCUUCGGGUGCCGCCUUAGCAUCUGGCCCUGCUGGAGGCAGAAUAUCAGAUGUGCUUUUGAAGGCAGCUUCUGCACUGGCAGGCUGCCACUGCCCAGUCCAACACCAGGCACAAUUAGGAGGUAAAAUAGCCUAAAGUUAAGUCAUAGCAUCCGCACUGAUAAACAUUCAAAAUUUCGCCAAAGGAGAAAGUUACCGAGGUAUAAUUAAACACGCAUCACAGCAAGCUUCCUUUUGGAGCACUUGCUGCACUGCUUGCCUAGGGAGCCACCCGUAACGCGACAGUGACUGAAUCCCCUGCUGCUUGCUAUGUCCAAGCACUCACCUGCAACCACAAAGCUUGUCUUCCUCGUUAACGCUUGAAGAUUGCAGCAGCUUCGGUAUGGCCUGAAGUGCAACUCCAGCUGGUUUAUGAUGCUUUCUAUCACGUUGGUGCUUCAGGGAAAGCACGCAGCAAAUGGAAAGCAAACGAGCUUGCAAACAAGCUUACAAACAACAGGGAAACGGCUUCUCACCAGGAAAAUAAUCUCUUUUACAAAACACUGUCCUUAAUAAAUGAUGUGCUUACCCUUAAUAAGAAAAAAUUAAAAUCUGUUCAACACUACAAUCUGGUGAGAGAUCAAAGGAGAUCUCUUUCCAAAAUUCUGCUGUAUUUUUAGUAGGCACAAUACUAAUAUAUCAGCAUCAUAAAAACAAAGGCUGCUUUACCUAAAUAAAAUUACAUCUGUUUACUUAUCAUUAGAUUACUCUAGGCUGUAGUCUUAUAGUGGCUUUUCAGCUAAGUUGCCACGAUUCUUUGGCUUGAUUUUGUGUAAUGAAAGCACUCCAGUAUGGGACUGGCAUACUCUGCAAAACCCUUUACUUCUGUUUAGGAGUUAAAAAUACAUUUGCUUUAUUGUAUUUUCUCCAGGAAACAAGUACAGUCUGAGUGGGUACUAUGGGACUGACUUGAUAUUCCAAUAAUGGUUCAAAACACAUUAACUGCAGCACAAUUUUGUAAAAUUGACAUUUCUGUAGUAAGACAGAUCAGUAUUCCCAAAUAAAACACACUAUGAUAUAUUUUUACAGUAUUUUUUGUGGAAAAUAUUUUCUU